AUGCACUACCUGGGUCCAUCAGAUCGACGCCUUCUCCUCGGCAACGCAUCUUCCAGUCCUGGAGCCACAGCACCGAUACGACCAUCCUCAUUGACUGUUCAGACCCGGCACUUGGCACAUGAACUCAGCUCUAUCUCCAGGCUGAAGAUCGAGAAAGAGGCGUCCAAAACGUCACCUCGACUCCACAAGCUUGUCGCUCAUGCUUCAAUGUUCGACCAUGCGACGAGAUUCAUCCUAGCUCACAUUGAUGGCACCAACGCUGAGCUUGACUUACCGGACUCCGUGGCAGUCCAGGGAGUACGGGACGAAAAAGAGCAUGGAUGUGACCACAAGGCUCGACUUCAGCAUCACGACCAGGGUGGCGUGGAGACAUCCCAACCUUCCUUCGAGAUUAAGAAUCAGACGUCGUUCAAUGGCUAUGCACACCUAAAACCAAAGGAAGGCUGCGCUAUAGUUGUCAUCGAGGCUAUUGCCGACGAAGAAGACAACGACUUUGAAGAUACAGGAGAGGAGUCUAUUACCGACUCUGAUGAUGGGGACGACGGCCACUUCGACCGAGAGAUCUGCACUGACACUCCCAUUAACGGCGACUGGCGCAAAAUGCAGUCGGACUGGAAUUUCUGGGACGCCAGCUCGAAUGUGAUUCGUGAUCCCCACGAUGACGAUCUCCUUCUCUGGUCCCAGCAGCCGCGAGUUCUAUCUGCCAAGCAAGCUGAGACUCUGUUUUUCGAAGCGUUUGGCUGA